AUGGCCUCGGUGGAUUUGAAUAUAGGAAUGAUCUUGCUAUUCCAGACAGUCGUUGGAAUCCUGGGGAAUUUCUCAGUCUUAUAUCAUUACACGUCCCUUCACUUCAGGGGAUGCAAGCCAAGAUCCACAAAUUUGAUUCUCAGGCACCUGAGUGUAGCUAACUCCUUGGUCAUUCUCUCUAGAGUCCCAGAGACCAUGGCAGCUUUAGGGUUGAAACAUUUCACCAAUUAUUAUGAAUGCUACAUUCUUUUAUAUGUUCACAGAGUAGCCAGAGGUGUGUCCAUUUGUUCCACCUGCCUCUUGAGUGUCUUCCAGGCUAUCAUGAUCCACCCUGCGAACUCCAGGUGGGUAGAGCUUAAAGUGAAAGCUCCAAAGUACAUUGGCUCCUCCAGUAUCCUGUGCUGGGUGCUCCACAUGGGGGUAAAUAUGUUUUUUCCUAUUUAUAUGACUGGUAAAUGGAACAACAAAAAUAUUACAAAGGAAAGAGGUUUGGGAUAUUGUUCUUCACAGCAUCGUGCCAAGAUUGCAGGCUCAGUGUAUGCAGCAGUGACAUCUUUCCAUGACAGUUUGGGUCUGGGACUCAUGACCUUGGCCAGCAGCUCCAUGGUUUUCCUCCUUUACAGGCACAAGCAGAGGGUCCAACACAUCCGUAGGAACAGUCUCUCCCCCAGACCCUCCCCUGAGUCCAGAGCCACUCAAAACAUCCUUGUUUUGGUGACUACUUUUGUAUCAUUUUUUGCCCUCUCCUCCAUCAUUUAUGUUUACCUGGCUCUCUUUGAUGAUUCCAGUUGGUGGCUGAUGAACGCCGCUGUACUAAUCACUGCAUGUUUUCCAACCGUUAGUCCCUUUGUUCUCAUGAGCCAUGACCCCAGCAUAUCCAGGCUCUACUGUGUCUCCUGUGGAAGAAAUACAUAA